ACGUUCUAAUACAACAUUAAUACCCAAUCGUUAAUUUGUCGAGUGAACACGGUGACACGUCUUUAAUUCAAAUAGACCGUUCUCGCGUUAUCUCCCAUUCAAACCCAUUGAGUCAUAGUUAGACUCCCUCUUCUGGUGAUAAGACAAUAUUGCGGGCUUCGUUGCAGUACAUCUACUAACGCCUUAUAACCAGCAAGCUUUUUGACAUUUACCUUCCUGCAUUCGUACAUUUUAGUGUAGGAAUGGAGGCGGUUUAUUCUCAAGGCAUUUCACUUGCCGAAGCUCUCCAAGAGAGGACGAUGAGUCAUGAGAAAUUCUGGCUCACUGUCACUUAUCUUGGAGAUCCUAACGCAGCUUUCUUUCUCAUCUUUCCCUUCACCUAUUUCAUCAGCAAACGCACCGGCGUGGCGGUGCUUUGGGUAGCAGCCAUAUCGGAGUGGUUAAACUUGGUGUUUAAAUGGAUGCUGUUUGGAGAAAGGCCAUUCUGGUGGAUUGGUGAAUCAGGUCUAUAUGUCAACAAGCAACCCAAAGUUCAACAGUUUCCCUCCACCUGUGAAACAGGGCCAGGCAGUCCGUCGGGACAUGCAAUGGUGACAGCAGCAGUCUGGUGGGUUGUUGUGUCCUCACUUGGAUCAUUUCUGUACAUCCGCACUCGCAGUGUGGUGUUAUCUUCAGCCCCCUACCUGCUCUAUGUGUUGAUGCUGGUGGCAGUUGGAAUCUCUAGAGUUUUCAUCCUCGCCCACUUCCCUCACCAGGUUGUUGCAGGCUCCAUUACAGGCAUCAUUCUGGGAAUUGUCCUGAGUCGCAGAGUUCCAGCGGGUCGCCCCCUGCUGUUCUUCUUCAGCGUCAGUAUUGGUUUGCUGCUAAGUGCGCUGUCUAUACAUGCUGGAUUACAGCAAUUAGGAAUUGACCUCUCCUGGACUAUCGCUUUGGCUAAGAAAUGGUGCAGCCGUGCCGAGUGGGUCCGUCUGGACUCAACCCCGUUCUCCUCCCUGACUCGAGAUUGUGGGGCCCUUAUUGGUUUGGGGAUGGCUCAGUACUGGAAGCCUGGAGGGUGGUCUCUGCCGCGGGCCCCAACAGCUUUAUGUGUGGCUUUAUCAUCCAUAGCACUGUACCACGUGAAUCGACUGCCACUCCCAAUCCGACCACAAGGCCUCUUCUACAGCCUGUACUUUGUCAAAUUUGUCAUAGUGCCACAGGUUGUCAUGGUGCUUGUGCCUGGGCUGGUUCACCUUUUCUCGCACAAAAAGAAGGACUAGAAACCGUAGUCUCGCCAGUGUAGAGCGUAUUUCACACCUCUGUGGAAUCUGCAAACACUGUAAAUGUCUACUGUGAAAUCUACUUCAUGGCUACUAUUGUGGGUGAGGCUGUCGUUUUUCACUCAUUUCGUUCUUUGUCUUGGAAUGCAGCUGACAAUUGUCUUUUAUUCAGUCAGUGACUGAUUUUUUCUUUCGAUCAGGAUACCCGUGUCUUAAAUGAGAGGAAUGUAUAGUAUCUCAUUUUUAAUUUAUUACACUUUUGCACUAUGUACUGUAAUAGUAGAAACCUUUAGAAGCCACUUUAUGUAAGAUGUUUUGGUUUUCAAAUUGCUUUCCAGCUCAAUGAUACCAGUACAGUAUAUCAUUACCUGAGCAACAUGACCAUAACAUAUUUUUUGAUAUUAAUAAAGGAAUGUGGGUAUAUCAGCA